UAUUGUUCAUUUAUUGUUCAUUUAUUGUUCAUAUUUUAUUCUAAACUUACUUAUUUUAUUAAUAUAUAUCUUGAUAAUCUUCACAGGAACCACUGAUUCGAGAAGAGAUUUUUGGAUUUUCUUUUAUAUAUCUUUAGUGAUUUCCCUGAGUUGACUGAAUUGAGUCAUUACUUAAUUUUACUUUAAUUAGUUUUAGUCACUAUAGAAUAAAAAUAAAGUAAUUAAUUAGGGGGUUGUUGCAAUGCAAUCAUUAUCAUUAUUUUCGAAAGAUGAUUUAUCAUUAUUAAGAAAACCCGAUAAUAAUGAUCAGCAACGAGCAAGGUCAAAUUCACCCGUUAAACAAAGACGGUCAAUGUUUUUACCUGAAACUUUUGAAAAACCUUAUAUACCAUAUACUAAUAAAUUUGAUGCAAAUUUAUCACCUGAACAAUUAUUAAUGUUAUCAAAAUCUCCAAUUUCAAAAAAGCUUCAUAUAACUUCAACAACUCCUAAGAGUAAAUAUGUUAUACCAGUUCCAUUCACUCUUCAAUUACCUCCUAAAUUAAGUCCAAAGAAUUUAGAAAAUAUUCGUGCUUCAUCUCCUGAUAGAAAUUCUUUAAGAUCAAGAUCUCCUCAUAAAGUUAGAACUACUUUAAUUUAUACUGCCAAUGGUUAUAAUAAAUUGGAUUCUGAUCCUGAUGAUGAUCAAGGAUAUUCUGAAGAAGAAAUAAUUAAUAGAAUUGCAUUACCUCGUCGUCCUAUAGUUAAGGCUUCACCACCUCCAGUAGUAACAAAUAAUACAAAAUCACUGAAAAUAGUUGCAAAAUCGAAUUAUGAUCCUCAUGAUGAAUUAAGUAUUAUUGAAGAAGUGUCUACGGCUGCAACUUCGAGACAAUCAAGUUUGGCUAGUGAAAAGACACUCCCACCAAUACCAAAUACUGAUCCACAAUCAACUGAUGUUGCACCUUCAGUUCCAGAAAAGGAUCAGAAAACUGAUCCAACUCCCAAAUAUACUAAUAUCAAAAUCAUCAGCAAUCCGGAAUCAUCAAGUCCUAAAAGAAGACCACCACCACCAUUACAACUUCAGAAACCUGAAACUGAAAUUGAAACUGAAUCACUUCACCCAGAGGUUCCUUCAGUUGUAGUGAAUUGCAUUCCAAAAGUUCCAAUCGAAGAUAAUCUUAGAAAAGUUCAUAAAUCCAAUGCCCCCACUGAAGCUGAUAAUGUUAAUUUAAAAAUCAGUAAACGAACAUUUAGUGAUGAAUCUCAUGUAUCAUCAGUAAGUUCCUUUAGUUCAGUAGGAGAUUUUAUGAAUUUUUCAAGAUUUGCUACUACAAGAAAGGAUAAUACUAUGUCUCCAACUCCAUUUAAAGCGAUUCAAGAUAAUAGGAAUAGGAAUACACAAAUUACUCAAGUUUUAGAUAAAGGUAAAGGUAAUAAUAGAAUAGUUUCGAAUGUUAGUCAAACAUCAAACGGUAGUAAUGAUUCAUGGGAAUCUAUUCAAGAAUCAAUUGAUAUUUCAAUUAGUGAAUAUAGUAUGUAUUCAUCUAAGAGUAUAAUUGAAAGAUUAAAAGCAUCUGCUAAUGAAAAAGAUGUUGCAACUACUACUACUGAAGUAACUCUAAUAAGAGAUAAUAAUGAAGAUCAAGAAGAUUCUAGUGAUGAACAAUUAGAAACUGAACCUUUAACACCAAUUACUCCAACUAUGAAUACCACCACCAAUUCUAAUAAUGAAAGACUUCAAUUAGAUAAAGAUAAUGGUGGAGCCGGCAAAGGAUUUAAUUUCCCCAAUAAUUCAUAUAAUAUUACCAAUAGUCCAGAAAUUAAAAAUAAAAAUCGUUCAAAUAGUAUAAGAUCAGAAAGAUCAAGGUUUAGUUUUAUAUCUCGUGAUGGACAUAUUGAAAUUCCUGAUUUAACCACUCAAUCCAUUUCUGAUACUUAUUCUUCAAAGAAAUCUGUAAGUUCUUAUGAUGGAAUUCUGAAUGGAUCAUCGGCACCAACUGAAUAUAGUGUUACUGAUCCUAUAGCUAUUAAUGUUAAGCCAAUGAAUGAGUAUAAUCAUAAUUUUGCAGCCGAUAUGAGACUUUCAAAAAGUACGCCUUGGAGUUUAAAUGAAAAUAUCCAAACUCAAACUCCUAAUUCAACAUCUCCAGUAAGACAUACCCGUCAUAAAUCAAUGCAUAAUAUUGAUUUUGAAAUCAAUUCUCAAACCAGUACUAGUACUAGUUUAAGUAAACAUUCUCGAUCCAGAUCUAUGGAUUUACUAUCCACAUUCCUGUCAGUGCCUAUGUUACAGAAAGCGGUUAUGCAACCCAAUCCUCAAACUAUACAAGUCCAAAUACAAGAACCUAAACAAGCAUUACAAGAACAGCAAGAACCUCAACAAGCAUUACCAGAACAACAAGAAGAACAAGGGUUAUCUAUUCAAAUAGAAGAACCACCACUCCAAGUUAGAUAUGAAGUUGACUUUAAGGAUGCCACUUCCCAUGAAGAUUCACGAUUCAAUGAUAACAGAUUAAGAGCAUUUGAUUAUAAAGAUAUAGAACAAGUUACCAAUCAACUUAAGAAGACAUCAAUUGAUAACAAUCACAAUAACAAUAAUAAAAUACCACAUAGAUCACCAUCGAUAAGUUCCGAUACAGAGAGUGUACUAAUUGAUCUAACAGAUGAAGAGUAUGAUGUAACUAUGAUAAAUCGGAAUAAUUCCACUACAUCUUAUCGAUCAAUUAUUGAAAAGACUAAAGAAGGUAAACCAAUUGAAGUUGUAUUAGUUGAAGAUGAAGAUGACACUGAUUUACUUAGUAUCUAUUCCAAAUAUAGAAACAAUGCAUUCAUUGGUAUUGGUAGAAAUGCAUCUAUUUCUUCAACCACUUCUUCCACCACUUCUUCAAGUAAUGGAAGUCUAUUCUCUUCCGCUUCGUAUGACAGUGUCGAGUCAACUAAACAACUUAAAGUAGUUCCAUCUAAUCUAUUAAAGAAUAAACUUCGACAAAUCAAUGCCAGUACUACAAGAGGUACAGUUAUAGAAGAUAUAUCCAAAAAGAGAUCUAAUAUUAAUUUAAGUACUAAUUCUUCUAAUACUAGUACAAGUUAUACAUCUAGAAGAAUUAAACCUCCACCUCAAAAUAAUACGAGUAUCCCUCCUCCUCCCACAACCACUAAGAAGCCAGCUCUUCUUCAUCCCCAUGGUCCAAAACAAUAUACAUUUUCUCAAGGGCAAACAUUCUUGAAUUAGUAUAGAAUCAUAUAGCAUUUUAAUUAUUUAUUU